GGAAGUGCCCAUUGAAGAAAGGAUGAAAGGUGCCCGCCGCCUGGCGCUCCAGGCAGGUCUAGUGUUCCGCGAGUUUGGAAGGCAAGUUGGGCGGAGAUUCCUCCGCUAACCGCCGAGUCCCGGGGUAGCGGGAAGCGAGAGCCCGGACAUGGACAGCCGCCUGCAAGAGAUCCGCGAGCGGCAGAAGCUACGGCGGCAGCUCCUCGCCCAGCAGUUGGGAGCCGAGAGUGCCGACAGCAUUGGUGCCGUGUUAAACAGCAAAGAGGAGCAGAGAGAGAUUGCUGAAACCAGGGAGACUUGCAGGGCUUCCUAUGAUACCUCUGCUCCAAAUGCCAAACGGAAGUCUCAGGAUGAAGGAGAGACAGAUGAGGACAAAAUGGAAGAAUAUAAGGACGAGCCUGAGAUGCAGCAGGAGGAGGAGAACCUGCCGUAUGAGGAGGAGAUUUACAAAGACUCCAGCACGUUCCUCAAGGGAACACAGAGUUUAAAUCCCCAUAAUGACUACUGCCAGCAUUUUGUAGACACUGGACAUAGACCUCAGAAUUUCAUCAGGGAUGUAGGUCUGGCGGACAGGUUUGAAGAGUACCCCAAGCUGCGGGAGCUCAUCCGCCUGAAGGACGAGCUGAUAGCGAAGUCGAACACGCCGCCCAUGUACUUACAGGCGGACAUCGAAGCCUUUGACAUCAGAGAGCUCACCCCCAAGUUCGAUGUGAUUCUUCUGGAACCCCCUCUGGAAGAGUAUUACAGAGAGACCGGCAUCACUGCCAACGAGAAGUGCUGGACUUGGGACGAUAUCAUGAAGUUAGAGAUCGAUGAGAUUGCGGCCCCUCGGUCGUUUAUUUUCCUCUGGUGCGGCUCCGGGGAAGGGCUGGACCUUGGGAGAGUGUGUUUACGCAAGUGGGGCUACAGAAGAUGUGAAGAUAUUUGUUGGAUUAAAACCAAUAAAAACAACCCUGGGAAGACUAAGACUUUAGAUCCAAAGGCUGUCUUCCAGAGAACAAAGGAGCACUGCCUCAUGGGGAUCAAAGGGACCGUGAAGCGCAGCACAGACGGGGACUUCAUUCACGCCAACGUCGACAUCGACCUGAUCAUCACGGAGGAGCCUGAGAUCGGGAACAUAGAGAAGCCCGUGGAGAUUUUCCACAUCAUCGAGCACUUCUGUCUGGGCCGACGGCGCCUUCACCUGUUUGGAAGAGAUAGUACGAUUCGGCCAGGAUGGCUCACGGUGGGACCCACACUGACCAACAGCAACUACAAUGCGGAGACCUACGCGUCCUACUUCAGCGCCCCCAACUCCUACCUGACGGGCUGCACCGAAGAGAUCGAGAGGCUGCGCCCCAAGUCGCCCCCACCCAAGUCCAAGGCUGACCGGGGCGGGGGCGCUCCCCGGGGUGGGGGGCGAGGAGGAACCGCUGCGGGCCGCGGACGCGAGCGGAACCGGUCCAACUUCCGCGGGGAGCGUGGUGGCUUCCGGGGGGGUCGCGGAGGUGCACACCGGGGCGGCUUUCCACCCCGGUAACCAGGCCGGUCCCUCCAGCCCCGGCCUCCCCCGCUGUGGCCGGGACCUCCGUGGGCACUGCACAUGUAGUUCUGCAGUUGCCGUCUCCCCGCCAUGUCCACACCUGGACCCCACGAUGAGCAGCACAGCACCUUCCCAUCCCAGGCACAGGCCUGGGGCACCGGCCUCUGUGUGUGGAAAUGGAAACGGGGGUGGGUUGGGGGGGACGGAGGCCCACGGGCACCGUCUGCAGCCUGCGCAGCAGCAGUGGCCGGGUGAGCUUCUUGGUGACACAAUAGACACUUUUCUUUUAAAAAACCUUGGACUCAGAUAUAAUUAAACUGCAGAGGAAAUGGAAAGACUGAACAAAAUCACCUCCCAAACCGAAAUCUCCCAGCGGAGGGGACCUGCAGGCAGACUCAGCCCGCAGCCCUCGUGGGGAGCUCAGCCGCCGCCGCCGCCGCAGGACUCAGCUCCCAGGCGCAGACAGGCCCGCUGGCGCGGAGGACGGGUCCAAGGGAAGGAGGCAGGGAGACCCUGACCCCGGCGCCUGCCUGGGGAGAGCCCCCCUGCGGAGCACGGGGUGCCUGGCACACUUCUCGUGGGGAAGCAGUGGGACCGCUGACCGGGACAGGAAGGAGCGCUGCCCUGGCCCCUCAGGUUCCCAGGGCCUGGCUCUGCUGUAAAUGAACUUCACGAAUGAAAUACUGUUGUCCUUGAUAAAUAUCUUCUAUUUUGUGCAGGAUUUUUCUAAUAAAAGCUGAAACUCCGAGACCCGGGA